AUGGAACCUAAAAAUUUAGGACUUUGUGCAUUGCUCCGUGGAGUGGACUACACAGCUCAAGCAGUCAAGCGACCAAGAGAAGAAAUCGAGGCUUUCAAAUUCCUAGUCUCUUAUGACUCAGUUCCUUGUUUAGCAAAGCUAAGCGAAACUUUACGAGAUGUUACAAGAGAUGUAGGCUUAGAGCGCACAGCCCAAAUGCUUAACUUCCCUCAAGAAAUUUUAUCUCUCAUAAUCUCCGAAGAGAAAUUAGCCUCAAACUCCAAAUCAUCUACACCAGCAGUCACAAAACGUCCUAAAAUGGAGGUAUCUAAAACGACCAAAGCCCCCACAACUCCCAAAAAAACCGAAUCCAAUGAUGCUCCAAUCCCAGAAAUAGACCCUCAAAACGUUGUAGAAGAAAUGAGAACUAGAAUCAUUCGGCUUUACAAAGGGAACGUAAAAAUCAAAGUUAUUAUGGCUUUAUAUGAUAUAAGAAACACCCAUAUUAUUCAUAGCUGGGGAGACUGGAAACGAAGGGAAGCCAACAAUAAGCGAGAUAUCAGAGAAAAAAUUAGGCAGCAUAGAGAAGCAGGAAAAACAGACGAAGAAAUUUCAGCAAUUCUUAACGUCAAAAGCCAUGUCAUUAAAGAAAUUAUGGGAGAGCUUAAAAGGCCAAAACUGAUAUACGCAAAACGCGACAUAAAAGACGCCCUUCACCUCUACAAGAUGAUAAAAAACAAAAAUCGAGCUGUAAAAGAGCUUGGAAUUUCUCCGUGGACGUUAGACAACUGAAUCAGCAAAAGCCAAAGAGACGAGCUUGACACUAUUUAUGACAGCGAGCCAGGACUCCACCCAAUUAUGAUCCUCAACGCCUUAGAAACCUUCUAUUUAACCAAAAAUAUAGAGCAAGCUGCUGAAUCAUCAGGUGUCCACAUCUUAAAAGUCUCGAGGGUCAUAGAAAGAUUUGAGGCCAAACUGAAAGAAUUUGACGAAGACAAGACCCAAAAAUCACCAGAAUCCCCUAGAGAAAUAGAAAAUGACGAAUUAAUUGUAAACUAA